UUCUGCUCCGCCUCGUCGCUCCGUCUCAAACCAGGAAGAUCACUCUCUUCUGUUUCUCUUCGCUGCGCUUUGGCUUUGGCUUCCGCAAGUGUAUGUCACUCUGCAAUCCUGAAUUCGCCAGCCCGCACUCUCCCGCCCGCCGCGCUCGGGUUUGGCUGAACUCUCAAGGGGGGGCGUAUGUCGAGGUGCCAGUACCGUGGCUGGCCGUUCGACGAGACGCGCCUUCCUCUAUUCUUGUGUGAUGUGAUGGUGGUGAGGAGGUGAGCGGAGGAGGGAGCAUAGGCAGGGGAGCAGGCCAGGAGGGUGAGGUAAUGGUGGUGGGAUGUGAGGUAUUGCUGUAGGUGUUGAGAGGUGAAAGGGCGGAGGAAGGUCUGCAUUGUGCAAGGGAUGGUGAUUUGGCGCGGGUUGGUGAGGAUUAGAGUAGGAGAGGGGGUCGGGUGGGAGCGAUUAGAGGCGAGUAAAUCGGUGGCGAGAUUCGUGUAAGGAGGGUUUGAGUCGGGUUUUGGAUCGGAGGUGGAUCCGAGGAGGUUGGAGCGUGGAGGCUGUUGUGUGAGAGAGGCGUGAGCGGGAGGGUGAGACAGGCAAGUCUGGUUUUGUGUGGAAGCUGGCGGAUCUUGAUGUGGUGAUGGGAGGCAAGAGCAGGGGGAGUAUUGCGUGGUGAAUGAUUGGUUGUGGUGAUGGUGUUUUGAACGCUGACAUGGGGGCCUGGUUGGAUUGGCCUCUUUAGUUGGCAGAUGUAGUGCGUUUCAUUACGUUGGAGGAGGUUUUAUGGCGUACAGAUGCGUAACUUGCUACCUUCGGAGGGAAUGCAAGCGUGCUGGCUCCUGGCAUUGAUUGUGUGCUAGCGUGUUUUGGGGCUUACAUGGUCAACUCCAGUGAUUAUAUCCGGGAGAGUAGAGAUUCAAAUUUGUUUGGCAUGUCCAUCAAAGAGAGAAGGCUACUGGUUAUAUGACGUUCGAGGACAGUGCUAGUAGGGAGGGUGAGAAGAAAGCUUCGGUGGUCGAAUAAGAAUUGGGGUGGUCGUGGCGGAGAAUAAAAUGGCCUCGGAUGCAUCUCACGUCAAUGAUGUGAGAGUGGAAUAUAUAAGGAGCAGGCGACCUCCCAGCUCUAUCAAUGGAACCCCUAUUAGGGUGCCACCAAGUACCGAUGACCUCGACAUGGAUAGCGACAAUGGCUCCUUCAGUGGUAGAAGCUCCCGAUCGAGUCCAUUUCGAAGUCAUGCUCAGCAACAAGAUCAAAGCGAAGAUGCCAGAGACGGAGGGCCUAGUGCAUUGUCGGCUUCAAUGGUUCCGGAGAUGUCAGGGGCUUCACAGAUUCUAGAAAAGUAUCAGGUGGAAGCUUUCCUUAAAGCCAUGCACCGGCAGUUGCAGAGUGGGGGGAAAAGGUCGUUCUUUGGGAAAAGGGCUGUUGCUCCUCAAGGCCGCGACAAGUAUACAGUUGAAGAUAUGCUUUGUUUCCAGCGGGAACCGAUUCCGACGUCUCUCUUGCGCAUAAACGCGGACUUCAUGAGCCGUGCUGUAAAACUCUUCCAGGUUGUUCUUAAGUAUACUGGUACAGCAGAGGGAGGGCCUUCAAGUCCACCGACUGGACAAGAGCAAAUUGACCUUCUUAAGAAGCUGUACAAGCAUACGUUGAAAAGAACCGAGCUUCGUGAUGAACUGUUUGCACAAUUGACCAAACAGACACGCAAUAAUUCGGAUAGGGUAAGCCUGUUGAAGACAUGGGAACUAUUAUACAUGUGCUCCUCAGCAAUGCCCCCAGGCAAAGAGUUUGGUGCGUAUUUGUCGGAGUAUGUGCAUGAGGUAGCCAACUCACCGUCAGUGGAGAGUUCUUUACAAAUUCUUGCUUUGAACACAUGGAACGCAUUGAAGCGCUCUGUAAAAGGAGGGCCUCGGCGGGUGGAUCCAACUCAAGAGGAGAUCGAGGCUUUGUUAGAAGGACGUAAACUGACUACCAUCGCCUUCUUCUUAGAUGAGACAUUUGAAGACAUUACAUAUGACAUGACUACAACUGUUUCAGACGCUGUCGAGGAAUUGGCAGGCAUCAUCAAAUUAUCUUCUUAUAACACUUUCAGUCUUUUUGAAUGCCGGAAAAGUUUGAAUGGUUCAAGAGCUCUUGAUGCUGCGAUUGAGGAACACGUAGGGCUGGAUGAUAACAAGUACAUCGGAGACAUUGUAGCAGAAUUUAAGUUAUCGCGAGAUCGUAGCAAGGGCGAGCUUUUUCAGAGCAAGCUGCUAUUUAAGAAACGACUUUUUCGAGAAUCUGAUGAAGCCAUCACGGAGCCUAUGUUCGUUCAGUUGUCUUACAUCCAGUCUCAACAUGACUACCUUCUUGGGAAUUACCCUGUUGGUAGGGAAGAUGCAGCACAACUGGCCGCACUACAGAUCAUAGCGGACCUUGGAUGCGUAUCGAAUCCUGAAACAAACACAGAAUGGAAUGCGAUGCUAGAUCGUUGUCUGCCCAAACAGGUAGCAGUAACUCGUAAUAAACGAGAUUGGGAUCAGGAUAUACUGAACCGAUAUCGGGCAUUGGCACAUUUCUCGAAGGAUGACGCGAAACAGCAACUUCUCCGUAUCUUGCGGUCAUUGCCGUACGGCAAUUCAGUCUUUUUUAGUGUGCGGAGAAUUGAAGACCCUAUUGGAUUGUUGCCAGGAAGGAUUAUCCUCGGUAUAAACAAGCGAGGGGUGCACUUCUUCAGGCCUGUACCAAAGGAGUAUCUGCACUCUGCGGAGCUGCGUGAUAUCAUGCAAUUCGGCAGUAGUAAUACUGCCGUUUUUUUUAAGAUGCGUGUUGCUGGAGUUCUUCAUAUUUUCCAGUUCGAAACAAAGCAGGGAGAGGACAUUUGUGUUGCAUUGCAAACGCACAUAAAUGACGUUAUGUUGAGAAGGUAUUCUAGGACACGCAAUGUGCCCAAUGGGCAGGCGCAGGGCGCGGAGCUGGUUCCUGCUGCAGUGGCAGCUCCUAAGCCUCCAGGUAUCGAAGUGUAUGAAAAACACGUACGAGAGAUGUCCAAGUUGCUGGAAGAAUCGCAGAAGAAAAUCGAUCAGCUUGCAGAAGAGCUUCGACUGAAAGAGAAAAGAGAGACACAAGUGAUGGAGGAGCUAGCGGGACUGCGUGACUCAUUGCGUGCAGAGGAACAAACAAGAUCAGAGCUUUCUGAAGAGAGAGAGAGACUGUCUAAGCAGCUUGGGGACUUGGAAGCUGCUUUGCAGAUAGCGCAAGCCGAAAAGACUAUUUUGGCAUCAGGUUCAAGCAGCCAGGCUAGCGAAGAUGUAGCAUCUGAUUUUGGUACAGAUGUGGAUACACCUAGAAGAGUAGCGCCUGGAACUCCUCGAGGGAUUCGAAGAGAUCGAGAUUUACCACCUGCUGGACUGAGAGACAAAACCAACGAACAAUCUCGAAACUUAGAGAUCCAGAUUAAGGAGCUGCGCAAUGAGUUAAGACAGAAAACGGAGGAGUUACGGAACAAGGAGGAAAGGGUCAAGAACCUUACUAGAGAGAAACAGCUUCUUGAACAGAAGGUUUCUCGUCUUGAGAGGAACAAAAGUGAAGAGACACGUCUUAUGGAGGAAAAGUUUGAGUUUGAAAGAGAUGAUUUGAGGGGACGACUUGUAACUCUCGAGAAGAAAUUAGCAGAGCGUACCCAAGAUUUGAGUCUUGCAGAGUCUACUUUGGCAACUCGUGAGGGUGAAUUCGAAUCCCUGCAAAGCAAUCUAAUGGAGCUUAAUGAGCUCCGGGAGAUGAAGGAGGAUAUCGACAGAAAGAAUGAGCAAACAGCAGCUAUAUUGAAGCGACAAGCAGACCAGAUAACUGAAUUAGAAACUCUUUAUAGGGAAGAACAAGUCCUUCGAAAACGAUACUUCAACAUGAUGGAAGACAUGAAAGGUAAGAUCAGGGUAUAUGCUCGGUGGAGACCCCUAAGUAGUAAGGAGGUCAAAGAGCGGCAACAAAACGUGUUGAUAGCACCUGAUGAAUUCACCAUCGAACAUCCUUGGAAAGACGACAAACCCAAACAACAUCAAUUUGAUCACGUUUUCGACCACCAUGCGACCCAAGAAGAGGUCUUUGAGGAUACAAAGUAUUUGGUCCAAUCAGCAAUUGACGGAUACAAUGUCUGUAUAUUUGCAUACGGGCAAACUGGGUCAGGCAAAACGUUUACGAUUUACGGUUCUGACAACAACCCAGGUCUAACUCCACGAGCUACCAAAGAACUUUUUGGCUAUCUUAAGCGAGACGCCAAUAAGUUUUCGUUUGCUCUGAAGGUUUACAUGCUUGAAAUAUAUCAAGAUUCGCUCAUCGAUCUGCUUCUACCAAAGAGUGCUGCAAAGCCACGAAAGCUUGAGAUUAAGAAGGACUCCAAGGGAAUGGUUGUCGUAGAGAAUGCAACUCUACUGCCGAUUGCAUCCCAUGAUGAACUGCAAGCCAUUGUUCAUAAGGGUCUGGAGAGACGACAUGUUUCGGGCACCCACAUGAAUGCGGAGAGUUCACGGUCACACCUCAUUCUAUCAGUAAUCGUUGAAAGCACCAACCGACAGUCUCAAGUUCUUGUGAAGGGCAAGCUGAGUUUUGUGGAUCUUGCGGGCUCUGAAAGAGUGAAGAAAUCUGGAUCCAGUGGUGAACAACUGAAAGAGGCCCAAAGCAUUAAUAAAUCUUUGUCAGCACUAGGUGAUGUCAUUAGCGCCCUUGCAACAGAGGAGCAGCAUAUUCCUUACCGUAACCACAAGCUAACAAUGCUUAUGAGCGAUUCUCUCGGUGGAAAUGCGAAGACCCUCAUGUUUGUAAAUAUCUCACCAGCAGAGUCUAAUCUGGACGAGACCCAUAAUUCACUCUGCUAUGCCACAAGGGUAAGAUCCAUCAUCAAUGAGGCCAGUAAAAAUACUACAACGAAAGAGAUACUGCGACUGAAGAAACAAAUCGCGUACUGGAAGGAGCAAGCGGGCAGGAUGGGAGGGUCCGAGGAUCUGGAAGAGGUUAUGGAUGAUCGUGGAAUCAAAACUGCAGAUUAAAUUAAAGAUUCUUGUAGCUGGGAUCAAUCUGAUGAAGUCGGUUGGUUCUAGAAGUGCUUUUUAAUUAGAUCAUGCAUAGCGUUGGGGUGUGAAUAUUCAGCUCAACCCGUGGACGAUGUGAUCUUUCUUUCGUGCCUGGUUGUUUGGAUUUAUGAGUGUAAGCCAAAAGUUAGUUGAGUGCAAAAGGAUUGGCUCUUCCUUCACUUUUAUUUAGAGGGUCCCAGAUCUCAAUUUAUGGGAUUUGCUUAAACGAGGGAUAUCUUGUAGUGGAUUAUCUUGUAGUAGAACGUGACUGGUGGGUGGUUCACUGCUGGGAUUAUUUUUAGGUUGAUACUCUUCAACGCCAGAGAACUGAUUCAUUAUUACCUUGUUUAAUUUUGGUCAUAUGAGACCUAUUGAUUGGGGAUGAAUGCCAGAACAUCACGGUUUUUGUUAGAAUUGUUCAA